UAUAAUAUGUCGUGGGCGGCCAGGUUAACAUGCAGCGCAGACAAUGGGGGCGGCGCUGUCGCAGCAGGAGGCGUUGUCCGACUCGUCGAGCGCUGGAGACGAGUCGGAGAGGUUGGUGGUUCCGCACAAAUUCGAUGAAAUCAUUGCGCAUGGGACCACAGCCACUGCAGAUGAACUGGAGGAUCAGAUGUACGGCUCGGGGAUCUACCUUGCUGGGAAAACAAAGAAGUACUGGAUCGAUGAGAAGACCAGGUGCAACUGUUUCAUGCUUUUCCCUAGAGCACUGUCCAUAACUCAUUCCGAGAGCAAGCAAUACUGGAGAUGGCAUCCCCUGGAAGAAACAAGCGGCACCGAGGUCGAGGUUGCGACUCUGCUGGAUGUAUGCUGGCUGGAAAUCCACGGGAGGCUGGAGCUGUCCCACCUCACACCAGGAGUCGACUACAACGUCGUCUUCGAAGUGAUGCUCACCGAGCCGGCGUGGGGAUGGUAUACACCAAUGAACCUCUGGAUCAAGUUCCCCGAUGGGACGGUGCAGCAGCGCGUGGAGAAGCUGCAGGAGAAGCCAAAGGACCAGUGGAUGGAGCUCAAGGCUGGGCAGCUCAAGACGCAUGUGGGGCAGAACGGGGAGUUGGACAUGGCUCUGUUUGAGUACCAUGUUGGGAAUUGGAAGUCUGGGCUCACCAUCAAGGGCGUCAAGAUUGUCCCAACGGAGUGACCCAUUACAUUUGUUUGCGGAUGAUCGAUCACUAGUUUUCUCCUAUCAGGCAUGCUUAAUAAGAGUAAAAUCCAUCUCUAGUCCCUAAACUUGUCUCGGUGUGUCAACCCGGUCCCAAAGUGACCACUCCGAUCCCUAAACUUGUCUUAGCGUGUCAAUCUGGUCCUUGAAGUCUCGAAGUGACCAUCCCGGUCCAUAAACUUGUCUUGGUAUGUCAAUCCGGUCCCUAAAGCCUCAAAGUGACCAUUCCAUUAGCUGACGUGGCACAUGGACUCCAUCCCCCUUUGAGACUUUAGGGACUGGAUUGACACACCAAGACAAGUUUAGGGACCGGGAUGGUCACUUUAAGACUUUAGGAACCGGGUUGACACGCCAAGAGAAGUUUAGGGAACGGAGUGGUCACUUUGAAACUUUAGAAACUGGGUUGACACACCAUGACAAGUUUAGGGACCGAAGAUGGAUUUUACUCAUUUUUUCCAUAACCUUAACUAUUUAUUUUAUUUAAAGAAUUUCGUAAAAUCAUUUAUUCUGCUGUGAUUUGUUUUUACUAUCAAAGUCGGUUUGAGCAUUACGUGUA